CCACGAUGACCUAAACUUGGCAACCAAGGUAUGACGACAUGGGACAUUGCCCAAAAUAGUAAACAUCACAUAUAUCUUUUUUCCAGAUAUUAACUUUUCUCAUGUGCAUGGACGACUUUCUGCUCAAGUGGGCUUAGUGAAUGAGCAAAUAUCGCUAUAUGUGGCCAUUUUCUUAUGUACUAAACCUUCACUGAAAUAUCCACUAUGUAAACCGGUCCAUUCAUAUUUAUAAAUACAAACGUCGCAUAUAGCACACAUGGAUUAAGAACCCCAUACAUGUACAAUACAAUAUGGAUUUAUAUAAACCCAAGUGAAUUUUGCUUUGAUGGAUUCUGUUGAUUCUUAACACUAUAAAGACAAUCAUCAUGAGUGGACGGUUGAAGUCUGCCAUCAAGGCCAACCAGAUUGAGAAGGUCAGCAAAUUACUUGAUCGAGCCGGAGACCUUGCCGGGAGACAAUGCGACAACUACUUUGAACCAAGCUGCACUGACAAAUGCCUGUCAUUUGGGCGCUCGGAAAUGGAGCCCGAAAAUGCGUUACAUUAUGCAACGCGUCUUGGUCGUACCCAAAUAGUAAAGAUGAUGCUCCAGAGGGGAGCAAGCGUCAAUCUUCGUACGCAUAACGGAGAUUCUCCUCUUCACAUAGCAGCUACCCUCGGGAAUAACGAUAUUGCGGCUGUGCUGAUCAUCCACGGAGCGGACUUGUACGCAAAAGACGCUCUUGGUUGGACGUCCAUACACCGGGCGGCGGAGAGCGGACAUAUGAACAUGGUUCAAUUUCUCAUGGACGCCGGGAAGCCGGAAGACGUUGACGCUUUAUCGGCAGAACUGGAGACGCCACUACAUCUUGCUUGUUGGUGGGAUCGCCCACAAAUGGCAUUCGAACUUCUACAACUUGGCGCUAAAGUAAAUGCUCAAAACAAACGAGGUGAUACUCCUUUACAUUACUGUGCGAUAUGCCAUUCUACAUAAUACCAGAUAGAUGACAUGCUAUGAAGAUUACACCAUGAGGAUAAUAUAUAAGGAUAACAUAAUUAAAUAUAUAAUUAUGAUGAUACACUAGGAGUAUUAUAUACAAAAUUAUGAUGAUAACAGUUUGAGGAUAGCGUUCUAAAAUAAAAUUAUGGUGAUAACAGUAUGAGGAUAACAUUAUUAUAGUGUGAUGAUAACAAUAUGAAGAUAACAUUACUAAUAUUCUGUCAACUUACUGACUAUACUCAAUUAAGUCUAGGGUUUGAUUAAAUAACUAGCUUACAUGUAUUUUGGUUGUUUGAAUAAUCUACAAUGUAUAUUUAUAUUGACUAAAAUUACCACC